AUUUGUGUUUUAAUGGUUAUAAAGUUUUAACUUUCUGAAACUCAGCAUUUAUGGUCUUAAACAAUUAUUGUUUGACAGCCUCUAUUGUCUGACUUUCUUAUAAUUUCUUGCAACUGAACAUUUAAAUCGAUUAAAAAUGCUUAAAACCCACAUGUGCACAUCUGUGAAAAUUAAAAUGGAUAAAAAUAGAAAAAUUUAAACAUUGAUAUUAUCUGUCAUAAUUACAAACAAUUAAAUGUUGCCAAGCCUGUUUAUUGCUCAUUAUUUGAAUUGCAGCAGUGCCCAGCAGCCCCCAUCAAGGCUCCAUUGUGCUGGGUGCUGUACAAACACACAUGAAGAGACAGUCCCUACAGCAAAGAGCUUACAUCUAACUCAGGGCAAGAUGCACUAAGGGAAUGUAAUGAACAAUAGGAGGGAAGUGGGGAAGAAGGACAAAGGUGACAUCAAUAAGAACGUGUGAUUAAAUAGGCCAGAGCUGGGCACAACAUCUUUCCAAUUCAUUUAAAAGUUAAAUAAAUUACAAAUAAAUACCAAAAACAACAAGGAGUCCUGUGGCAUCUUAUUUGGGCAUAAGCUUUCGUGGACUGGAACCCACUUUGCCAGAUGCAUCACAAAGGGGCCACUGGUUCCCCCAGGCUGUACCGCUGCUAUAUCCCGAACAUGGAAGCUUAUGCCCAAAUACAUUUGUUAGUCUUUAAGGUGCCACAGGGUUCCUCGUUGUUUUUGUUGAAACAGACCAACAUGGCUACCCCUCUGAAAUAAAUACCCGUAAUCGCCACUGGCCCUUUACCUAGCCAGUUUCUUGCGGAUAUCUCAGUAUAAUUAAAACUUGAGGAGAAAUUUGAAGGAGAAGAGAUUAGUGGCUUCAUCUACUAUAUGAGUGGUCUCACUGAUUUCAGUGGGGCUAUCCACAUACCUAAAGUUAGGCAUGUUCCUAAGUGCUUUACUAGACUGGGGCGAGAACACUGAGGACUCAGCAGGACUGAGCUCUAAGAAAAAAGAGCAGAUAAAGAGAGAAGGACAGAAUCAAUACCAAAGUGCAGGGCGCAUUCUCUUCAACCUGAGGCCUGAAAAGUCAAACUGUCAGAGAGAGAUGAAAGGGAGGAAGAGCAAAGGAGAAGACAUAACCUAUGCAGACCCAGAUAUGGGAUCAGAACUGAGACUCAUCCUCGUUGGUAAAAGUGGAGCUGGGAAAAGUGCGACAGGAAACUCCAUCCUUGGCGAAGAAAAGUUUGUGUCCAAGCUCGGAGCAAAGUCAGUAACUGUGACUUGUGCAAAAGGGCAAAGGAGCUGGAAUGGGAGGGAGCUUGUGGUUAUUGACACACCUGCCAUUUUUGACGGAAAGGUUUGUGAUACAAUAAUUUCAGGAGAGAUUGAUUACUGUAUCGUGCUCUCUGCCCCUGGCCCCCAUGCUCUGCUGCUGGUGACCCAGCUGGGCCGUUACACUGAAGAAGACAAGGAAGCAGUGAAGCGAAUACAGGAGAUUUUUGGAGUUGAAGCCAUGAGGCACAUGAUCGUCCUGUUCACCCGGAAAGAAGAUUUAGAGGUUGGCUCACUGCGUGACUAUGUGAGAUACUCAGAUAAUAAAGAUCUUAAGGGGCUGAUUCAGAAGUGUGGGAACCGAUAUUGUGCUUUCAAUAACAAAGCAACUGGAGCAGAACAGGCUGAACAGGUUUCUGAGCUGAUUGAAAUGAUCCAGGGAAUGGUUCAGGAGAAUGGGGGCAGAUAUAUCAGUGAGAUAUAUUUAACUGAACAAAACAUGAGACGCCCUAUGGGAAUAAAUAAAACAGCCACAGUGAAGGCUGUGAAAGCAGGUUUUACAAAGUAUCAUGAGAUUAUUUUGGGCUUCGGGUUUGCUGCAGUUUGUAUUGUUGUUGUUGUACUUCUCCUGAUUUUUCUCUCUCAUUAACAGCCAUUAAUAAAGUUUCAUUGCAACCUAACCCUGCUGCUUCCCAAACCCUGCAUCUCAGCUUCUCAGGCACCCUCACCCUUAUGUUAGUGCAUCACAUUCAUACAAAAUAGCAGUAAUAAUGUUAAUAUUUCUUCCUUAUUAGCAUUAUGUAUUAUACUAUUAUUGAGUUCUCAUAUAGAGAUUUUGAUAAGUAGCCCUCAACAUGCUUUAUAAAGGAGGUUGGUAUAAUUCUCCUCAUUUUACAGAUAAGGAAACUAAGGUUCAGAGAGGAGAGGUGAUGUGAUUUGCCCAUAGUCACUCCACAGGUGAGUGACAGAACUGGGAAUAGUCCGGUGGUCCAGCCAUGAGGCCUCAAUAUCAGGUUGCUUUAAAGAUUCUGGACCAAACUCUGCCCUCACUUACCCUGCAUUUGCAGUAGUUUGAUUCCAUUAAUUUCAGUGAAGUAAUCUGGAUUAUGGUCAUGUAACUGCUCCCAGUUACUCUGGAGUUGCAGUGGGGUAGCUCUAUUAAUUUCAGUGGAGUAUUGUGAAUUUACAGUUAUGCAACAGACUACAAUGUAGCCCUCUGAACAGAGGUGUCAAAUAACUUCAGUUGUUAUGUAAACUCUGAGACAUUGAACACUGUGAAGUUUCCACUAAAAAUUCAAUCUUGAAGAUUUAGAGGGCCAAGCUUAGACCUGGGAGUAGAUGAAACUCCAUUGGCUUCAGUUACACAAGGAAUUAAUGGGGCCCAUUAUGUGUACUUUCAUUAGAUACUUUGAAAGCAAAGAUUGUAAAAUCACCAGCGAUAUGCAUAUGAAAUAUGGUAAUAUAUGGAAUUGUUACUUUAAAAAAAUAACCUUCAGUUUCUUUCUCAGUUAGAACUGCUGCAAAUACUAUGGCAAUUUUCCCUAAAUAUAGAGAUCAGCAUUUGUCCAGUACCUUGUGUGAACAAAUUAUGAGAACAUCAAAAACUUUUCUGCAGCUGAAAUUCAUGUUAUAGAACACGUGACAGUGCUCAGGGCCGGCACAAUUAGGCGGAUGUUCAGCCGCCGCCAUCAUCGGCGGGUAUUUCGGGGGCGCCAUUUGGGGGGCGGGACCUUCUGCUGCGUGAGGCACCAAGAAGACUGCCGGCGCUCCUGACAGUGCUGAUUCAGGGAAUGCAAUUCAUUUUUGCAGUGAUUUCUGUUUCCAGGCUCUUUGACCUCAGUGAUUUUUCAGGACUGUAGGGUAUAUAAAUCUGCAAACAAAAGGUGUCACUCUGUUUCUGAUGCACCGUUCUGCUUCUUUAAAUGUAAACAGGUCUCCAUAGCCUUCCUGCAAGGGCAGUGCUGUGAGGCAGUCCAAGGUAGAGGAUGUUCCAGAGACUGAAGCUGGGCUGUUACUCACAUAGACACUUUAUAUUUGUUCUGAUUUUUUGCUGUUUUUUUCUUAAUCAGAAAUAAAGUGAUAUAGA